CCCCUCCAACAAAAAUCUAGCUUGACAAGCCGGCCAUUGGUCACGUGGGCGCAGUUUCCAAUCAGGAAGUUGAAGCACUCGUGAUAGAUGGACGCCAGUCAGUCUUUGUUCUUAUCUCGGAAAAUAAACUCACGCAUUGCUAUUCCUUUGUCAAGGCUUUCACAUCGUGCGAGAGGUAUAGUCGUCGGCCGACCUCUACGAUACUUCGUCACCGACUGGCCUCAAUCUACUGGAACGUUCAGCAACCUGACUUAGCUUGACCAUUCUCCACCCUGACCCUAGUGCACGCAGGUCAAAGUCCCGGGUUCGUCAACGAAGACGACAGCGAUGUAAAGCCUUGGCUUCCCAUUCUUCUUGUUGUCCACCUUGCGAGGCGAGGGAGGCAGUGACGCAACAACCUGGUUUUCCAGGAAGAUCGAGAGGAGGAGUGAAGCCAUUCAAACGAGAUCCUGGCGACUAGAAACGGGUAUUGGACUUUAGCCGUUAUCAGACCACACUGGUUUCGUUCCCUCAGAGAACAGCCUUGGUAAAUGUAAUCAUGUUACACGACGGGAGUGGCACGUAGGAGAUGAAAGACAGCCAUCAUUGAUCGAACGGAGAGAGUUUUGAUAUCGAAAGGCCCAGUCCCUUAACCCUCGCCUCUAUCUACAAAGAUGAUUGGUAUCACAUCUGUGGUGUGUGUAAUCAUGAUUCUGAGGGCAGUCCACGGAAGUUCAACUACACCAACACCUCCAUCAACGUUACCACCAACACAAACACCAACACCAGCACCAACACCAACAACGUUGACAUCAACAGAGACAUCUUCGUCAAAUUCAACCUCACCAACGACCACAACUGGAAUCCCAAGUACAAACGGCACAGCAACGAGUCCUGCUUCAGAUAGUUCCUCCGCAACACCAACCACCCUCACACCCUCUUCAGACACAAUAAUAGCAACCGCGACACCAUCAACGACCGAUCCGACCAACACGAAAAGCGGUCUGAACCAACAGGAGGAGAUCGCCAUCAUCUCUUUCGCAGUGCUUGCCAUUACCGCCCUCAUCGUGGCUUUCGUCGCCAUCUUCAGCGUUCGUCUCAACCGAGCUCGCGAGAAGCCCCAGCCGACACAGAUAGAGAUGAGGCACAUGAACGGCAAUCCCACCAUGCCGCGCGGAUACUCGCCUUCUGAAUACAGCAGCCGCAUCUCUGAUGGCAACGCUUCUGGCUCACAAAGAAACGUGUCCUUUUCCGUUGAACCCCUUGUGGACAGUUAGAUUAUCCGGCUAUAGCUCCUUCCCAGAAUGCAAUUAAGGUCAUCGCAUCACCCAUUUAAGCCGAUAACCUUUGUCCCCGCUAAUCUUAAUAUGUGUGCCCACCUUGGACGCAUAACAGCUGGAGCCCAAAGGCCGCAUCGCCUUCAUUAUUGGUUUAAGAUGGAGACCGGCCUGUUAGUCUCAAAAUGGAUUCCAGUCCGGACGUGUGGCUCACGUUUCAUGAACUGCACCCAAGACAAAUUGACUUCCUGCUCGACAAGGAAGCUUACUGUGGGUGUGUCAGGUUGACUUAGUCCCAGAGGUUUUUUCAAGUGACAGGAAUGUUUAUGUAAACUACAACUGGGUUUUAAAACAACUUUAUAUGUCAAAUGUGAUAAGAAUUUUUACCUAUCUUCAGCGCGGCUCAAUUGCUUCAUGGGACAUAUCGUCAUACAAUACGACGCCAGUGCGAACUUGACAUUUGACAUGUUGAAAAGGAUCUUAUUUAUAUUAUUGUACGUGGCCUUUAGCUGAUAGCAAAUCCAAAGGCGGUUUUAUCUGACAGUACGUGGAAAGAAAACCUUUCGACAAAUGAAUGAGGCAGGAGAAAAGAGAGAGAGAGAGAAGGAGUGUAAGUAAAACAGACUCAAGCACAUGCACAUCCACGUAUGAAUGGAUACCCCAACACUCGACAGGCAUUUGUUUCUUUAGCUUUAUCUAUCAAUCCCUACCAAUAAAUUAAAUGCUUGACUUUAUUUAUAUCGUGUUAAAAAAAAUACUGUACAUUAAUUCACUUUUUACAAAAAAGCUUUUUAUAGAUGUUUGUUGACGUAGGUCCUUUUGCAUACUGUCUCAGCCACUGACAUGCUUACAAAUAUUUGGGCAUUUGAUUAUCUGCAUUAUUAACAGAUGUUAUCUUCUCUGCUUUGUUCCUAUAUGUAUAUUGCUAUAUAUGUUAUUGAAGUCAUUACAUUAGCUGUGAUAUAUUUCUGAUAGCUUUACUGCAGAAAAAUUCCAUAUGCCUUCAGAAUCCAACUAUUCUUCACAAGAUUUUUUAACGCCUUCUUCUCAUUAGUUAUUGCCAUAUUAUUUUUUUGGAAAUUAAAAUAAUUAAAGAGUCAUAUUCUCACUCUUCUAAGCACUAUUGUACAUGUACAUUAUUCAAAUGAAGUUUGUACUUGGUCUUUCCAUAAAAAAUUGCAAUGAAACUCAUAGAUACCUUCACCAUCAGAGAUUGGAUUGUCUUGUAUACUGAGACAUUUCUCUGCUCUUUAUUCUCUGCUAGCAUUUUAAGUCUUAUACUUCUACACUGUAGUCAAAAUUAUUUUGUGACAGAUCUUCGUUGUACACUAUGGAAUCAAAGUAAGUUGUCAAUUCUUCUUGAAUGUGUUUUCCUAUUAAAUCCCCUCACAAAGAAAACAAAUUAUCACGGCUGUGUAGGGUCAUAGUCAUAUUUUUUCUAGCCUUUAUAAGGAAACCAACAACAACAGCAGCAAUAACAAAAACCCCAUGAACUUUUAGAAUGAAAGAGGAAUACAGAAUUUUGAUAACUUUUGACCAAAGUGUUUAUAGGAUGCUGAUUCAUGGAAUGUUUGUACGGACAUCUGACCCUGAAAAAUCUAUGAGGUAUUUCACGUGUUGUACAUAUUGUCAGAAUAUUAAUAAUCACUUAGAAAUGCAGUAAAUUGUUAAGAUCACCACAAACAAGCAACGGCUGCUCACUAGCAAUUUUAUUUAUAUGAUAUUCUACAGCUUCUACUCCAUCACUAUUAUCAUCAUACUAUUCAUUCUGGAGCUAUCUACACAAAUGUUGGAAAAAGAGCUAAAAGUGGACUUACCAAUCAUAAGAAAAAAAAAAUUUAUUCUCUGAUAAGUAGUCUGGAAUAACAGUUCUAAUGCUACUUAAAUGAAAUGAGCAUUCUUUUAAUAUAAAAAUGUCUACCUUUGUAAUAAUAAAAAAAAACUAACUGGGGCCAGCUGUAUAACACAUUUCUAAUAUAGGCUUUAACUCUUUGCAAAUAAUUCAUUUUAGAGAAACGCAGUAAACAAAAAAAAAAAAAAAAAAAAACAAAAAACAAAAAAAAAAAACAAAAACAAAAAACAAACAAACAAACAAACAAACAAACUCUUGUUACAUUUUUUAAAUUGUUUAAAAAAAUACUUAAUCCAAACUUGUGCUGUCGUAAGCACAUUUUUCGUACACUCUUGUAAUGGCCUUAGAAGCUAGUUUGAGAAAAAAAAGUUUCUAAAUAUGCUUCGCUAGAAAAGUUUUAGGUUUUAGAAACAUGUGCGACUAGCUCUUGACUUUGUUUAUUUAUUUAGUUUUUUAAGAUUUCCGUUUUAUUCAACGUAAUGCUUACUCACUAUCUUACCACUAUUGUUUUGUCUCAAGCGUUGAGAGCAUACUCUAACACUAGCAUCAUCUCUUACUAAAUAAAAUGAGCGUUUGUAGUUUUCCAGAACAAAGGUUUAUGUCAGAGGUUGAAUAGUGUUGCAUUUGUGUGUGUGUGUGUGUGCAUGCGUGCGUGCGUGCGCGCACUUGCUUUUUUUUCAGUACAAUAAAUGCAUGUGUUGUGUUAUGUAUGUUACAUAGGAGACAGAGUAAGGUAACUAAGAGACAGACAGACAAUACAGAAGACAGAUUAGCAUGUUUUUAGACAGACACGUAGGCGGACAGAAAGAGAGACAAAGGCUGCAGUCAAACCACAGCUGAUAAUUUUUUGCGAGCUCUGACGCCUGAGGUGUUUGUGGAGGCUCCGACAACAGCCUCGGUGUUUAUUUUAUCCAGUGAUACAGCAAUUAAAGCCAGAACUUAUC